AUGGACAGUCGGCUGCAGUAUCACAGACGGAGAACGACAAAUAUUCAAAUGAGCAGAUCUAGAAGGGAUGAAGACUGGCGGUGGCGUGAAGGGGCAUAUCGGAUGGAAAGAUAUGACCGGAAUGGUCGUGGAGCUCGAGAAGAAAAUGGACGAAGAGAGCGCCAAGAACGAGUAGAACGGGGAAGAUACGGAGGAUAUGAAUGGAAUCAAGGUGGAGGAGGAGGAUCAGGGGGUUUUUCCGGAGGGAUGGGGGGUACGGGACAUCAAAACACACAUCGACGACGAAUAUAUGAAGAAGGGCCGGGAGAGCCAAAUAUACAAAUGUGUGAUAUGAUGAUAUGUGUGUGGAAAGGUAGAGCUGACUAUUUGCAGCUUUACCAGGUGAUCGAAGAGCUUGGUGGUCAGAUUGAGAGUGUUGUUCUUAUACGGAACAGAGAAACGUCAGAUGAAUCACGGUGUUUUGCGUUUGCCAAGUUUAUAUCAGUGGAGCAUGCUCGGCAAUUUAUAGAUGCACAUUUUCCAUAUUUAUACAUGGGAAACAACCGUGUUAGGAUCUCUUAUAGUAAGGAAAAUAGGGGGGAUGAUGACGGCUGGAUUUGCCGCAGUUGUGGCAUCAACAACUAUCCUCGUCGAGAAGUCUGCUUUAGGUGCGGGUUGGCUAAGCAGGGUAGUGGUUUUACUUCAGGGAAUCUGACCCAUGCGGCGCCUUUAUUAAAUGAUGGAAGUCAAGAUGUUUCGACUACACCCUCUCAAUUUUUGUUACUUCGGAAACUUGAUCCUUUGACAACUGAAGAAUUGAUCGUAAAGGGAAUGGCAAAAUUGCAAGUGCCAAUCGUGCGUGUGCUUUUGAUCCGUGACCGAAUGACACGCCAAAGCUGGGGGUUUGCAUUUGUCGAGUAUGCCGAUGGCUCUAGUAAAGCACUUGCAAAUUCUGCAAAUUUUUCUUCAACUAAGGGGUUUACUAUUUCAUCAAAAUCUAUUCUAUUAUCAUUUAUUCAUGGUGGUGUUUUCGUGCCUGUGUAUGGUGAAACAAAUGAAUUUGUAUUUAGAGCGAGUCGAACUGGACAAUUGUUGGCGUAUUGGGAUGAAAAAGGGUAUACAUCAGAACAUUAUCCUGAAGGUCAAAAGCCAGAUUAUGAUUCGAAUACGCUUGCUGGGGAAGCAGCUGCUUCUUCGAGCUUUGAUACUGUUAAUGCCAGUGACCCUUCUGUUGUUUGUAUGAAGGCACCUGUUUUUUCGAAGGAUGUAUCUAUCGGCUCAAAACGAGAUGCAUCUUCUUCGUCUGAACAAAAAAAACCAAAGAAAAGAUGUGAUAAUACUUCAAUAAAGAUGGCUCCUCAUUUACAGAAAUGGGCAGUUAAACAGCAAGAAUUACGGACAGGUCAAGUCCCUGAAAAUGAAACAAAAGCUGAAAGUUUUUCUGAUUUGGGUCUUAUGGCGUGUUUGCUUUGUCAAAGACAAUUUAAGUCCGAAAGGGAAAUAGAACAACAUGAAAAGUUGUCAGAAUUACAUAAGAAAAAUUUAGAAAGUGAGGAUUCCAAAAUUCUCGCUAGACAGCGUCUAAAAAAAAUUUCCAUGAAAAAAGAAUUAGAAACAGAGAAUUUAAAUGAUAGUAAUUAUAGGGAUAGGGCACAAGAGCGUCGUAUUGCAUUUAAUCAACCUUCGAAACCUGAUAUUCCGUCAUAUAGUUCUAAAAAGAGUUCUACUAACACUUCACAUGUACCAGAAGAACCGGUAAAUAUAACAAAAGGGAAAGGUGCUGUCAUUCUUGGAAAAAUGGGGUGGACCGAAGGAAUGGGCUUGGGAUUGGAAGGUAAAGGUAUUGCUGAACCGGUCAAGGCAGAAGCAUAUCAAGAAGGUGUUGGUCUUGGUUCUGUUGGUGCAAAAUUGGGAGAAAAUCCACGUCCAAGUGAUUACGCGGCUUAUGUUCGAUCAGUUAAAGAUCGUGCUAAACAAAGAUAUGAAACGGAAGAAUUAUAA